AUGUCAAGUGCCGUAACAAAAGCUGAAAUCACUCAAAUAUUUAUUGUACUUGGUCUAACUGGUGUUGGUAAAUCAACAUUUAUCAAUACUUUGACAAACUAUUUCAAGAAUGGUUCAUUUCCAAAUGAUAUCAAAGUAUCAAUUGAAACAAAACAUCUAAAGUCAACUGAAGGUUUGAGUAGUUCUGAAUUGAAUAUUCAUGAUACUACAUCAAGUCAGACUGAUGAAUGUACCAUUUACAAAUUCAACAAAGAUGGUAUCAACUAUGAAUUUAUAGAUACACCAGGUUUGUCUGAUACAAGAGGUAUUGAACAAGAUGAAAUCAAUAUCAACAAGAUUAUUGAUACUGUCUCAAAGGUACCUUCUCUCAGUGCCAUUAUUAUUCUCAUCAAUGGAAAGGAUUGUAGAGAUGUACUGUCACUUAGAAAUGCAAUCACUCGUCUUCAAGGAUUUAUUCCAGACGUAAUCCUCAAUAACUUGGUUAUCGUCUUUACCAAAUGUAGAAAGGAUACUUGUACCUUUGACCUCAAGUUGUUUGGUGACCUUCAAUCCAAUACAACCUUUUACAUGGAUAAUUCUACAUUCUCAACCGAUCCAUAUCUUUGGUCACAAGACUCUCUUAGGUUUCUCAAUUUAGAGUUUCAACAAUCAAUGAACACUAUUGAUAGAAUGUUACAAACUAUUCAACAAAAGGCUACCAUAUCAACUCAAGCAUUUACUGAUAUGCAAUCAAUUAGAUUCAAGGUAAAAGAAACAUUACAUCAAUCAAAGAUGAAAUUUCAAAGAAUCCAACAAUUAGAAUCAGAUAUUGCAGAAGCUCAACAACAACUUGGAGUCCAUUCCAAUGAUGCUGUUAAAUUUCAAAAUUACACUAAAAGUACAAUCGUCACAAGAAAGGAUCAAAUAGAUGUUGACUACCACAACACUAUUUGCAGUAAUUGUGAUUAUGUUUGUCACAGUCAUUGUGGUCUACAAGAAAUAUCGACAAAGGGUGACAAUGCUUUCAAAAAAUGUACAGCUAUGGCAGGCUAUGACUAUUGUACUGUUUGUCCAGGCAAGUGCAGUUACACUGUACACUAUCACGCCAAAAAGAAGAUCAAAGAGGUGACAGAGACACUUGAGGAAGAGAUCGCAGGUAUGAAAGUCAAGUACCAACAAGCCACUCAGGGUGUUGCUUCAGCUCAAACUCAAAUCACAUCAAUUAGUAGUAUCAAAUCACUUGUUGAAGUGGCCAUCAAGAGUAUGAUUAAUGUCAUUACGAAAUCAUGUCAAGAAUUGAAAAAGAUUUGUAGAGGUUUCAAUAUUGUCGAUGAACUUUACAUUACACUCCAACAGAUGAAAGUAGAGUCUAGACUAUUGACAUCUCACGAAGCAAGAGAAGCCGCCGAUACAAUGAUCAACGCUAUCAAAUUAUUAUCAAAAUCAUUGAAUGAGAAUUGUUCAACAUUGCAACAUAGCAACGACGACAACAACAACAACGAAAUAAUAAUGACAAGAAUAAGAAAUGAUACUGAUAAUAAUAAUUAUCCAAUCUAUAUUAUCUUUCAACAAAUCAUGUCAAUAAUCUACUAUUUUUUAGGUAUUCAAUCGAUUAACCCUUGA